AUGUCGACUUUCAACAGGAAUUUAAGCGUUACUAACGAAAAGCCUAAAGAUUAUGCGAUUCCGACACCACCAACUGAUGGAAUAACGCAACUAGCAUUUUCACCAAUAGCUGACUACCUAGCAGUUUCUUCAUGGGAUAAUCAGGUUAGAAUAUACGAGGUUAACCAGACUAUAGGAUCCGCUGUUGGAAAAGCUUUUUAUCCGCAUGAGGGUCCAGCACUAUGUUGUACAUGGAGCAAGGAUGGAUCAAAAAUAUUCUCAGGCGGUGCUGAUAAAGCAGGUCGUAUGUUUGAUACGACGACCGGGCAAGCAAUGCAAGUCGCGCAACAUGACGCGCCGAUUAAAUGUAUAAAAUGGGUGGACAGUGGUAAUGUUGUUGCGACUGGGAGUUGGGAUAAAACAAUAAAAUAUUGGGAUCUACGCACACCACAACCAGUUCUAAGCGUUAGCCUUCCUGAACGGUGUUAUGCCAUGGAUCUUAUUUUCACAUUGAUGGUUGUAGCUACUGCUGAACGACACGUCAUGAUUUACGAUAUGCGGAAUCCUGGUUCAGUGUUUAAGCAAUCACAAAGCCCACUAAAAUGGCAAACACGUACAGUAGCGUGUUUUAAUGCUGCAAGCGGUUAUGUGAUCGGAAGUAUCGAGGGGAGAGUGGGAGUUCAGUAUCUAGAAGAAAAAGAUAAUCAAUGCCACCGUGAAAACAAUGUAAACGUUUAUGCGGUGAACGCAACUUCAUUCCACCCGCUUCACGGAACGCUCGCGACAGCUGGCAGCGACGGAACCUUCAAUUUCUGGGACUUGGACUCCAGACAACGACUUAAAGGAUUCGCGACCAUCGGUUGCCCGAUUGUGUCGGCAACGUUUAAUCGGAAUGGAUCGAUUUUUGCGUAUGCUGCUGGAUAUGAUUGGAGCAAGGGUUAUCAACAACCAUCUUACUCAACACAACAAAUAAAAGAUUCAAUCUUUCUGCACGCUGUAAAAGAUGUAGAUGUCAAACCACGAGCUGCUGCGAAAGGUAAAAGAUGA